AUGGCGAUGGUAAUCAUAGCUGAAAAUAUUUCUACCGGAGAUGAUAAUGGAUAUGGUAGCAAUAAUAACUGCAAUUAUGACUGUUGCAAAAACACCACCAAUACACAAAGGAGGACGAGGAAACAGAAAGGGGAAAAAAUCUUCCAGAUGAAGAAACAACGCGAAUGGAUUCUGAGGAUACUGGUUGCCAUAGUAACCAUCUACUUCUCUGACAUCCCUCUCAUGAGCAACGCGGCUGGGUUAGGACAACCCAGUGUUUAUUUCGUAGAAUCUGCCUUUGGUGAUAUGUUCAUGGCUCCCAACAUGACAUUUGAUCGCAGCAAAGCAAUAGUGGUUCUUACUGGUCUCAACCAAUGCAGCGUUGUCGGAAAAUAUGUCUUUGGCGCAGAUAACCUUCUUUACUUGGAAAUGGUCACCAGAUACAGUUACAAAGAAGCUAAGAGGCGCUGUAACCGCCUUCCAGGACACAGACUCAUAAUCAUCAAGUCCCAGGAGGCAUACGAUUACUUCACGAGUCUUGGAAGCAACACAAGUCCCUUUUGGGUAGCAGACCUUCAGAAAAUCAACGAAUCCUACUUCCUGUGGGGCGACGGAACUACCUACCAGGAAUCUGGACUGGGGUCCAGUCAGAUAGUCAGUGAUGACGGCGUUAAUGGAGAUGUGUUUGUCAGUCUGAACUCCAAGUUGGACGACAAAAACAGUUCUGCUGAAAGCGAUUUCAAGGUAGUGUGCCAAGCAAAUCCUUACGGCAUAGAGUGGUAG